AUGUCACAUGCCUGUGUUCGAAUGGGCGAUACUCUUUGCAGGACGGUGCCGUGUGGAUCCCGGCGCUCUCCGCCAUCGGUGCCGGCUUCGCGAUUGGCCUUGCUGCCAUUGGCUCCGGCGUCGGCCAGGGAAUUGCCAGUGGCCGCUGCAUUGAUGGCAUCUCUCGCCAGCCAGAGGCCAUGGACUGCACUUGCAGGUUAA